AAUUUUCCAUCAGUCUGUUUGCAAGAAGGUGAAGAUGACCAUCCCAAACUUUCUGGCCUCAGCUUCUGUUUCACAGAUCGCCACCUAUGCUACAAUCAUUGUAAUUUUCACAUACAAUGUUUUGUUUGAGAUAAAUGUUGGCUGCACCUGCAAGGAUCAGAAGACUCACUGCUGGUUCUACAUUUUAGUGCCAGUAUUUCUAAUAACGUUUUUGUUACUUUGGACGGACAAGAUCUUCAAGAGAACUUGUAGUUACUGCUGUACUUACCAGUUUACUUGCAACCGUGACAUGAUGCGUAACUUUUGCUGUGUUUGCAAGGUCAGGAAGCUUUGCAGCACAGCCUUUCCUCAAAUCAUCAAAGCUGGUUUUAUUGGAGCGCUGUGGAUUGUCUCUGUGUUGAUCGAUGGAGAAUGGUAUGCUUGCUGUCAGAACGGUCUUUCUGGACCAGAGGCUCAGAUUCCCUGUAAGAAGAAAUCAAACCGAACACUUGAGGAGCAAACUCUGGUAGACGGCCUAAACAAUGAUUCAAAAGUCGCUGGCUUUUUAGUACUGCUAGUCAUCCUUAUCUUGGCUGGGUUCAGGUCUUCAAUUGAUUGGAGGAAAUGCUGCGAGAAAACAUGUACAUGUUGUGAUAGGGUUGCUCUCUACGAGCUGGUGAUUUUAGAGCAGAAGGAAGAAAUCCUGAAAGAUAUUUGGAUGAAAAAAGCAAAAGAAGACCUGAACAUAAAAAUCGAGAACAUAUUGAAUCGUCAAGACCAAAAUGAAACAGUGAACAGGAGUAAAUAUGCAGCAUGUUGUGAUGCAGCUAAUACACUGAUUGAAGAGUUGGAGCAACAAAGUAACCAGGUGCAAGGCAUUCCUCUUUCAGAAGUACCAGCAGAGAGACAGCAACUUAAUGCUGGGCAAGGCGGAGAAUAACAACAGACCAGUUCCGCGUAACAUCAGCAACCUGUUAAACUUUGACUGCAGGUCCUUUUUAUGUUCCUGAUCUUAGAAAUCAUCAUUUACAUUUAAAAAAUAACUGUAUUACACAUUUAAAAUGAGAAAUAUAUAUUUCCAGGUGACAUGAACUGACUUAUUGUGUUAUAAAACAUUUUUCCAGUUUAUUUGAAUGUUUCCAGCUUUUAAAAACAUAAUCAGAGACUCCAUGAAAAUCACAUCAAGUUCAUCUCAUUUUACAUGUUUAUGUAACCCAGGAAAUGAUAAAUAUUGUUUUUACAUUAGUAUGUUAUAUGUUCUUUUUUAAAGCUGUGUUUUCUAUCAUAUUAGGCCACAUAUACAGUUGGAACCAGAUAUUUACAUACACUGUAUAAAAAGACACAAAACCUGUUUUUCAUUAAAUCAGACGAAACUUUUCCUGUUUUAGAUCAGUUCAGAUUUCUGAAGUUAUUUCUAUUUGUGAAAUUCCAGAAUAAUAAAAGAUACAUUUUUAGAGAUUUUGUUUAUUACUUUCUUCAAAAUCGGACCUUUAGAUACAGGAAGAUCACCACCACCAAGCAUCUUGAGGGAAGCCCUGAUGAAGAACAGCUAAAGACUUUGUGAAGAUGCUGCUGAAGCUGGUCAGAGACUCACUAUCCACAGUAAAACGAGUCCUGGACCAACAUGGGCUGAAAGGCCACUCAGAGAGGAAGAAGCCAUUACUCUGAAAGCAACUUAAAGAGCCAGCUUAUAGUUUGUAGAUGCACUCUGGGAAAACAGCCUAAUUUUUGGAGACAUGUCCUCUGGUCUCAUGAAGCUAAUUAAAGAGUUUGGACCUAAUGACCGUUGUUACAUUUGGUGGAAAAGGGAGGAAGUCUGAGAACAGCGUCUCAACUGUGAAGCAUGGGGGGGGUAUACUGGUUCUGUUUGGAGGAAUGGACCACACUUCCAACAAACUGCUUGUGAGAAGCUUGUGGAAGGAAACCCAGAACAUUUGACCCGAGUCAGAUAGUGUAAAAGGAAGUUCUACCAAAUACUGAGGAGAUGGAUGGAAACUUCUGAUUCUGAAGAAAGUCAUAAAAACAUGUUCUCUCUCUCUCUCGUUAUUCUGGCAUUUAGUAAAUAGAAAUAAUUUCAGCAAUUCUGACCUAAAACAGAAAAAGUUUUAAUAUUAUUUGUCUUUUUAUACAGUAUGUAAAUAUCUGGUUUAAUUGUAUAUUCAUGCAAGCUUGGUAUUAAUCGUAGCUGUAGGAGGUAAAUGAGUCAAUAUGAUGACCAUUUAUUAUAAAUGCUAUAAAUAUGCAGCAGAUGCUUUCAUGCAGGCUUUGUGUUCAUCCUACAUAAACAUUUUCUUUUCAGGUUAUAUUGCUUUAAGAUCUAAAUAUGAUUGCAGUUUUGUUGCUGUGUUUUAUUGACUUCUUUUAGUUUAUAAAAAAUAAAGAUUUAUAACUGAGGUUUGUUAA